UGGGCGUCGCUGACUUUGGGUGUGUUUGUUUGCCAGGCCUGCUCGCUCCUUCACCGGAGCAUCCCCCACAUCAGCCGGGUCAAGUCUAUCCAGGACACGUGGGAUGCCAGUGAUGUGGAGUUGAUGGCGGCUACAGGAAACAACGCAGCCAAGGCCAAAUAUGAGCAGAAGGUUCCUGCUUUCUACUACCGACCAAUACACUCUGACUGCAAGAUGCUGAGAGAGCAGUGGAUCAGAGCCAAGUACGAGAGGAAUGAGUUUGAGUUUAUCGAAAAGCAGGAGCCCUACUCUGCAGGGUACAGAGAGGGAUUUCUAUGGAAACGAGGAAGAGACAACGGUCAGUUUCUCAGCCGAAAGUUCAUCCUGUCGGAGAGGGAGGGGGCGCUGAAAUACUUCAACAAGCAGGACGCCAGGGAUCCCAAAGCAGUGAUGAAAAUCGAGACCCUGAAUGCCACCUUCCAACCGGCCAAGAUUGGCAACCCCUGUGGCCUGCAGAUCACCUACCUGAAAGACAACAGCACAAGGAACAUCUUUGUCUACCACAGUGAUGCUAAGGAGAUGGUCGACUGGUUUAAUGCUAUCAGAGCGGCCAGGUUCCACUACCUACAGGUGGCCUUUCCUGGAGCAAGUGAUGAGGAGCUGGUGCCCAAACUGACCCGAAACUUCAUGAAGGAAGGAUUUAUGGAGAAAACAGGCCCAAAGCACACGGAGGGCUUCAAGAAGAGGUGGUUUACUAUGGAUGACAGGAGACUCAUGUAUUUCAAAGACCCCCUGGACGCCUACGCCCGUGGUGAGGUGUUCAUCGGCAGUAAGGAGAACAGCUACACCGUCCUGUCCGGCUUGCCCUCUUCCACACAGGGCUACCACUGGAACCACGGCAUCACCAUCGUCACGCCAGACAGGAAGUUCCUGUUUGCCUGCGAAACCGAAGCCGAGCAACGGGAUUGGAUAUCGGCCUUCCAGAGGGUCAUCAACCGACCAAUGAGGCCGCAGGAAUAUGCAGUGGAGGCCCAUUUCAAACACAAGCCUUGAAGACUGCGGGAAGCCACAACUCAGCUGGACCGGCCCAGUCUCCUUCAGACCUGGGACAAUCCCAACGUGUGACCAGAG